GAGCAGACCGGAGGGGGAGGAGGCAGGGCUGUGUGCGCAUGGCAAGCUGUGACCAGGCUGAGGAGAAAAAGAGGAAGUCAGGCACAGAACUGUGACACUCAGGUGUAAAAAAAGGGGUGAAGUGGUUUUGGAAGUAGAGAAGGAUUAGAAAUCCAAUAUUUUGAAUCUCUGAAUAUCGAUCGUCAAUAUAAGCAUGGAAUUCCAAAUGAACAUCUCAAGCAGCCAAGGAAGGUUUUAACAUCUUUCGUAGGAGAUAAGCAUGUGAGAGACAUCAAAAGCGCAGUUCCACAUUAAAGUAACAGUCUUGUGUUGAAAAGGUGAAGUAAGAUCAUUCUUUUCCUUCGUCGUCUUGCACCACAAUGGACCAUCAAAUCACUCAAGAUGAGGAAGUGGGAUCUUCUCUCCACCUGGUUCCCAGUCCUCAAAGUGAAGCAGUUGCCCAUGAUUUUGAAGAGCUGACAUUGCAAUCAGUCCAGCAAUUGCCCCCUCUUAAAGAACGUAAAAACGUGCUCCAGUUGCGGCUGCAACAAAGGCGAACAAGGGAGCAACUUGUAGACCAGGGCAUCAUGCCACCUUUAAAAAGCCCGGCUGCAUUUCAUGAACAGAUUAAAAGCUUGGAAAGAGCCAGGACUGAAAAUUUCCUGAAGCACAAGAUUAGAAGCCGGCCGGAGAGAUCUGAAUUAGUAAGGAUGCACAUUUUAGAAGAAACCAGAAUGGUAUACAAUGAAGAUAUUCCCUCUCAGACCCAGUCAUGUCCCAUCCCUCCAAUUAAGACCAUGUGGUGUUAUGAAGAGACACUUGCCGAGCCAUCCUUGCAGGCAACUCAGAUGAAAUUGAAGAGAGCACGACUAGCAGAUGAUCUCAAUGAAAAGAUCGCUCAGAGACCCGGGCCGAUGGAGUUGGUUGUAAAAAACAUACUCCCGGUUGACUCCAGUGUUAAAGAAGCAAUUCAAGGUGAGGAUGACUUGACGGAAAACACAGAUGCUUUUUCAUUUGAUGAGGACAGCAGCGAUGCUUUAUCUCCAGAGCAACCAGCAAGCCAAGAAUCUCAGGGAUCUGCUGCUUCUCCUGGAGAGGUCAAAAUUAGCGAGUCGGCUUCUCCCAUAUCCAACACCAAAAUUCUGAGCCCAGUAAUUAAUUCAGCGGUGCCUGAGUUUUUUAAGCCCGCUCUAACUCCCGAUCCUCCCACAAGAGCUGCUGUACCUAAUGUCAUUUUGAAACCUGGACCAGCACUAGUAAAGCAAAGCCAGCCGAAGAAUUCAAAUGAAAAGUCUCGCAGUAAGAAGUCAAAGGAACCCAAACCACGGGUAAAGAAGCUGAAAUAUCACCAGUAUAUUCCACCUGACCAGAAAGGGGAAAAAAAUGAACCUGAGAUGGAUUCCAACUAUGCACGUCUGCUACAACAACAGCAACUCUUCCUCCAGCUUCAGAUCCUCAGCCAGCAACAGCAACACUACAAUUACCAGACAAUCCUGCCUGCACCACUCAAAUUAACCAAAACUAUGGAAUCUGAGGACCCACCGGGACAAUCUAUUCAAUUUGUAUCAAAUCAGUCAGGCCCUUGCACUAUAUCGCAGUGGAGUGAAAAUUCAAAGCUGCCAUGGAUGAGGUCCUUGAAUGACAAACCAAACAAUGGAAACACUGCAACCAACAAUGUGAACAACAACACCGCCUCAGUCCAGAAUACAGUGAGCAGACAAAACAAUGUGCAGUUUAAAAAAGCAGGACCCCUGCCUUCUAACCUGGAUGAUAUGAAGGUUGCCGAACUUAAAUUGGAAUUGAAGAUUAGAGGCCUUCCGGUAUCUGGCACAAAAACAGAUCUUAUUGAACGUUUGAAGCCAUACCAAGAUUUAAAUAAUAAUGGUGUAACUGCAAACACUUCAGCACCAGUCGCCACCACCGCAACCACUGCUUCUACAGGUAGUGGUGCCACGGAAGAUGCUACAAUAACAUUUACUGCAGCAACUUUUAGUAGUUCUGCUCAAAAUAUGAAUAUAGAGACAGCCUCGUCUACAAAUGGAAGCAGCCAAGCAUCUGUGGAUGCCAUGAACUCCCCAUUACCCAUGUCUCCUACCCCUUCUGAACAAUCCAACUUUAGCACUGAAGACACUAACAUGACGGACACGUUUGCUGAAAUUAUGACCAUGAUGUCACCAUCUCAGUUCAUGAACGCUUCACCCAUUAGAGUCGGUAUUAAUGAGGACAGUAUAGGGGCUACCAGUGUUGGCACUACAAACAUGGACUUAGAUGCUGCAGAAAAAGACCGCAAGCUUCAAGAAAAAGAAAAGCAGAUCGAGGAGCUUAAGAGGAAGUUGGAACAGGAGCAGAAGCUUGUUGAAGUUUUGAAGAUGCAGCUUGAAGUAGAAAAGCGUGGCCAGCAACAGCCAUGUUCUAACAUUUUGGUAAAUGUGGAUCAUCAGAAGCACUUCAGUGCUAAUAUUAAGGAGGAGAACUCGAUGUCUGAUUGCCAGAAUUCUACUCCGGCUAUUCUGAGUGGCCAUUUGAUAGGACAGCCCACAGUAACUACUGGAGGUCAGAGUAUUCUUGCCAACAAUGCUGUUGUCAUCAAACAUGAAGUUCCCAAUCCUGAACAUCAGAACAUUAUCCAGCAAUUCUAUGUGACUUCUCAAAGGCCACAGCAAGGUGUGGUCGCUCAGUCUCAGGCACUUUUAACCACUCCAACCGCUCAGAUUUUACUUCCUGUCUCUAUCAAAACUACCAAUGCAAUGCAGCUGUCAGUAGUUCAGCCACAACCAGCGAGCACAGCUCAGCCUCCUGUUCUUACCACAACUGCUGCCACGCUGGUCCAAGCACCUUCAUCAUCUCAGAAACCAUCUGCCCCUGCAGCUCAAGACAAGUUCACAACGCAUGCUCUGAACAAGAACCAGCAAACAAGAAAGGUUUGUGCUCCGACAACAUCAAACAAUGUAUUUUCAUAUCCGCAAAAUCCACCUACCAAAGUUUCACCAUUAUUUAAUGCCAGCGUGUCAACUUCACCCCAGCAAACAAGACCACAGCAGGCUGCUCCGGUGCAGAAUGGUCCCUCGCCAGUUCAAGAGUCCAAUUCCACGUCCCCAUCCCAGCAGUAUGCUGUUCGGCAUUCUUUGUUCAACAACUCCAGUGCAAAAUCAAAAGACCCUCCACGCUAUGAAGAGGCCAUAAAACAGGUAAUGAAUGCGCACAGCCAGCAGAUGGAUGACCUGUUUGAUAUUCUCAUUAAAAGUGGAGGAGAGAGGGGAAGCACUCAGCAGACACCCGUAACCUGGUUAAAUCAGGGGAAAAACCAUUGUGAUUGGCUGGAAAAUUUCAACUGGACAGCUGACAAAAUUUCCCCUCUUGUGAAAGAAGAGCCUUCACCAAUAUCAAAAAUGCGACCUGCGACGGCCAGUGUAACCACCAUGCCAGUAAACACUGUGGUAUCAAGGCCACCACCACAGAUACACGUAGCACCUCCUCUGUCUUUGGAGCCCACAAACAGUCUGUCUAUUAGCUUAGAAAGUCAGCUGGAGGCAUUUUUAGAUGGCACGCUGCCAUCAGGAGCCAACAUUCCUCACCUGGAUAGUCACAGUGAUGGCAGAGAUACAUUUUCUCUUAUAGAUGACCUGAACAAUGAUCUCCUCCAGCACCAUAGCAUACUGGACCAUGAUCAGACACCGAUGGAAACCACAGAGACUCCAUUCACUGCAAACAGCUGCUUGUCUCUAGACCUUCAAGAUACCAACCUGGACAACAUGGAGUGGCUGGACAUUACCAUGCCCAAUUCAGCCUCUUCUCUUACUCCCUUGGGCUCAAAUAUUCAAAGUAUGUUCUCCACUGACUUUUUGGAUACUAACGACUUGCAGUUGCAAUGGGAAUAAUCUUUUUUUUCUGUGGGUCUCAGAAUUGGAUUUCACUUUUAAAAACAUGGGCUGGACGUAUGGCUGUAACUGUAGAAAUUACACAAAUAACAGAACAGAAUGAGGUCUACAGUUUUUAACUGCACUGGAUACCCAUAUCUGUGUUAAUGCACCACUAGGGAGGGUAGCUAUGUUUAAAAAGGAAAAAAAAGGUGACCAGUGAACCAGUAAUGGUAGUUCAGAUAUUAAGAUUAGAUCCAGAGGGAUUAUAUAAUAUACCAUCGCAAUGCUGAGUGGAUCAUUUGUACAGAAAUUUAGGAAUUAAUGUUUCAAUUUAUUUUUUGUUUUAAAGAAAUAACUGCACUUGACUGUUCCUGUGAACAGGCUGAGCCAAUAGGAAUACAUGGCAAAGCGCUGGCUGGUUCAGGGUUCUCAUGAUAAUAUUGUUUGCGGAGUUUAAGCACACGUGCUAUAAUGUGUGAUUUGGCUUUAUGAAUCUCUUAGACAAUGUAACCUUAGUGAUAUACUUUACAGUUGUUUUUUGGAUAUAAAACAAACUACAAAAGCCCACAUUUUCAGAAUUCAUUGAAAUUGAACUUGUAAAAAUAAAAUAUAAUCUGGGCAGUAACUGUAAUUCAAUUGCUGGCAAAUGUGGAAUUCAUAAGUGAUUGAGCGCUACAUUUUACAGAAUGAAAUCUCACUGGCUCUGUUUAUAUUUGCUUUAUUUUUUAUUUCAUUGUUCUUUUUUUUUUUUAUGUUUCGUAACAAAGGGAUUUUUAUGGCCACUACUCCGAAACAAGCUGUAAUAUAAUUGUACAAAAAUGUAUUAAAUGAUUUUAUAAGAAUAGCUUACCUGCUAUGAAUUGAGCGCACAAGUUUUGCUUAUUUUGAAAAGACACAACACACCAAACAAUGCUUGGCUCAGUUAUUUAUUUUCUAGUCCAAUAUCUAGAAAUGAAUAGCUAGUUAGAACAGUCUGGGACAAAAAAAUGCUUAAGAAUAUUUUUGAGAAGUUAGAAAGCCAUGUAGAUAUUAGGAGUUCUUCUUUAAUUAAAUGAAUGGAUAAAUGGAAACUUAAAUACGCAAAUCAGAGAAUCGUAGUUUUGUUGAUUAAGAAUAACAAUGUACUAUUUCUGCAUGUUAUGGGGGUAAGUGCGUAUGAAAGAUGCAUUUUUGUAGCUUAAUAUUUUUUACUUUUGCAGGCUUAUAUUCCUUGAAUUUUCUAUCACUUCAGGCAUGAGUUAAUUAAAGGAUACCACACAAAAGUAAAAAGUGGCAAUUCAUUUUUACAAGAAGGCUUGCUCUUCCAAUAAACUAUCCCCUUGGGCAAAACAAUACUAAAGAAAAAUGUCUCCUAAUCUCCUAUUUUAAAAGUGUGUAUUCAUUUAGAAUCUUGAUAUAAUAAUAAAUUCCUUAGACAUACUCAAAGCCAAGCUAGAUGUAAAAUGAAGGAAUCCAGACACUUUUUUCAUGUUGUAGGCUCUCUAAUUUUUUCAUAACUUUUGGGCCCAAUCACCCCAGGACAUAUUACCAAGCUUCUUUUUUUUUUUUUUUUUUUUUUUUUUUUUUUUUUGGAUGACCCCUUUUUUAGCUGACUUUAGUGAAAACAUGCAAGUCAAGGCACCAAAGAAGCAGAAUGCAGGACACUUUUUAAUGCAUCACGUUGUAUGCCUUGUUGGGGGGGGGGGAGGAAAAGAUUUCAUAGUUUAGUAUAUUUUACUUGUGCUUGAAAAUGAAACCAUACAUGAGAUCACAUCCCUUGUGAGUGAAUGCUUGCUCUCCUGUAAAAUUGUAGAUGAGGGUUAUAUCUGGUGCUUUUCGUUACGAUAAGUUUUAUUGGCAAUCCAAUAUUUGCAAUAGCGCCUAAAGUAGCCAUCACCUUAAGUUCUUAUAAAAACUUACAAAGAAAUUAAACUUGCCCAUUUAACUGGCAAAAGGACCUAGGUGUUUACAGUCUGGGAUUUCUGGAAAAUGAUUUGAUACAGUUGGCCUUACUAUGCAACAUAGUGUAUUUUGUUCUUAAGAAGUCAGGUUCUCUGAAGCUUACUUGGAAAUGUAUUAAAUCAUUUGAGGUUAAACCUAGUAGAUUGAUUGAAUUGAAAUCUCUCUUGCACAAUAAAGAGUAAGGAAGUGUGUCAAUAGUGAGGGCAUCCAGUGCAUGUGUGCAAGUGUAAGGCUUGGCCGUACAUGGUUAUUUGUGUUUUUUUUUUCUCAAUCAGCCAGUGGUGUGAUUGGGGGGGGGGGGACAGUUUACCCCAUCCACGCAAGCAAGGUGGAUGGAGGAAUCCUCCCUACUAUGCUAGUGAAUUUUGACAGUGGAGACAUACACUGCUCAGCACGGCAGCCGAUUGGCUCCCGGUGGCAAUGAGAGUUUUCCAACAGUUCCGUUCUAGAGAAGUCUAUCAUAUUUCUUUUUGUACCACUCUGUCAAGCAGGAACAGCCAUAGAUGGAUUGAAAUGUGGUCAGUCCCUGAAUUUCGAUUCAUGUGUGGCUAACUUAAAACCCUCCACUGAGAUUUACCAGAUUCCAGUAAACUUGUAUCACAGUUCUGUACUGGAGGUAAUCAAACCAAGAUGGAUAUUGGAAUGGAACAGCACCGAAUUGGAGUUGGCACAAUCUUAUCAACGGGUCUAUAUCUUACAAGGCUGGUGCAGAGGCAUGUUUCCAGUAAAAUAUUAAAACAAUAAUAGUGAAAAUAGGACUACUUGUGAACUAUCCCUAUCAUUUUAUGAUUAUCUAAGAUUUCUUACAACUUUCUACACCCUCAAAAUUGUGCCAAAAUUAAAGGUAAGGUGUUAUAUAGUGUGUAUGCUUGCAGGAUCCCAUAAUGUAAACCAAUCUUGUUUGUACUUUAAGAUGUACGUCUUGUAUGAUCUAUCUGUUCCUAAAAUGCAUGGAACAAGAUUUAACAUUAGAAGAGUUUUAUGCAAAUUCUUGCUACUAUCAGGCUAUGGAUUGUAAAUGAUCACAAAUGCCAACAUUUCUAGACAUCAGACAGGUUGCAGUGGUUGUGGGAUACCCCAAUACUCUAUUCACCUCUGCUGAAAAAGUGUAGAGGAACAAAUACAGCUUAAACCGGAGUUCCAGCUGUUUUUGUGUUUAUUAAGAGCAGAUACAAAAAGUGUAGCUGCUGACUUUAAAUAAACACAAACUCACUUGCCCCAUGGUCCAGUGAUGUGGCCGCUCGAACCCCCGGCUCUCUCUCAAGUUUCCCUGGCAUUGCUAUUGUGGGCAUCCGGCUGUGAUUCACGCUGUGGCUCCUGAAUGGCCGGGCACAAGAGCCGUCUAAGCAGCCCAAGCUGAAGUGGGAGCAAGUAAUUGUCAAAGCGAGGUACCUGCUCCCCUUCCAAAAAAAAAAAGACAUGCCAAAUAUGGCAUUCAAGGGGGGGUAAGGAGUGCUUAAAGCGGAACUUCCACUUGGGUGGCACCCCUUUUUAAUGCCAGUGCUUUUGCUGCAGGAGCAGUGAUGUGAUCCUAUGGCAUGCACUUGAAUAUUGGAUGUUUAUAUUUGAUGAAAGGGGGAAUGUGUGAGAAUCUGAUCAUUUCCAGUUGCCACCAUUCUUAUUUACAGAAAUGUCACCCUAUUUAAAUUUAAUACAGAUUUUUUUUUUCCUUUAAAGCAAAAAGCAUAAAUGGGUUUUACUGCCUAGGAAACACUCUGCUAGCUACGAGUCGGUUAUGACAUGCACAUUUAGCACAUUGCCGUGCCCGAUGACUAAAGCUGGCCAUAGAAGGGUCAGUUUAUUUCUUUUAACCAGUGGGUUUAACGGGGGAAAAAAACAAAUCGAUUCCACCAGCCAGACUUUCAAAGUGGAUGGAGGAAUCCCCUUGCUGUGUGAUUAUACUAUGAUAGAAGGAAGACAUCCCGUGGUAAGAAUACACAGAUGGAGAGGAAAUUUUUCAGCAGGGCAGUUGUACAGUAGUCAAUUGGUAGAUCGACUUCUGUACAACUACAAUGCCCAUACAUGGAUCGAAAUUCAGCCAGUCACUGCCGAGUCAGCCAGAUUUCAAUCUAUCUGAUGGCAGCUCAAGGUGCCUUGGCUAACUAACCUCACCAUUAAACUUCCUUUUUAAAAUGUAAUAAGUAGAAACAUUGAAAUAAUAGCAGGCUGUAAAAUCGGUACUGGCAACACUCCAUACAUUUAAAUUUCUACUAUAGCUAGUGUGCUUUUGACUACUUGGGUCAUAUAUAGUACAUAUUCAGGCAGAUGGGAAAACGCCUUUUAUCUAGUUAUGUACUGAUUAGAAUAUUGUAUUUUAAUCUGUACUUCAUACUUCGUUAGCUUCCUUUAAUCCCCUACACAAUUGGGCUAACACGGGAUAGGAAGGGACCUGCAAUGUGACCCAAUCACUGUACUGCAUGGCAUAAUGCUGUCAAUUUAACACAGGAUACUGCUAAGGAAGAACAGUAUAAGCAUUCAUGUGGUAAGCAUUCAUUACACACCUUUGCUGUCCAGUCAGCAUUCUUGGGGCAGGGCAAUAACCAAGCAGUGUUGCUUCACUGUAGUGGAGUCAUCGGGGUGCCUGGAUUACAAGACUUGACAGAUCAGAAUUGGAGAUCUUUAACAGAUAAGACUGCAGGCAUAUGUGUUUUAACAGUGUAUUUACCUGUUUGCUUGGAGUUUAGCUUUAAAAUGAUAUUGUAACACACUUAUUAGUCCACUGGAAAGCAUGUUUGGUUCCGUUACUACCAGAUACCACAAAAGGCUGUUUUACAAAUCCACAUAUGAACACUCGGUAACUGUAAGCUUUUGUUCUAACUUUCUUUUUAAUAUGAACUGCCAAAAGGCCUGUUAAAACUAAUGUUCUGUAACUGUGCGAAGUGAAAGCUGUACCAAAAUGGCUUCAUAUGGGCCCUAUUUUCAAUGGACCACAAUACUAAUGCUGUAGCCUGGGCAGGUUGCACGCAAACACAUUUUUAUUGUAAACAUUCCUAGCAUCACCAAAGCACUUGUGUGUGUACAGGUUGAACUUCGAACUUUAGUUCAGGUGUACAGAUAUGGAAGAAUAGGAUUGUUUCUACAUGUAGUAGGUGCAUGAUACUUGCUGCUAUUGGCAUAUUUGUAGAUAACCAGAAGAAAGGACAAUGAAGCUUUGAAGGCUUAUAGCAUUCUCCAAAAUUGUAAAUGUAAAACGUAUGGCCCAUAAAUGUAAAGUACUUUGUUAAAUUGUUGUAGCUUAUACUUGCUCCUACACCUUUCAGCUUUAAGUUGUAAUGUUAAUGUGCAUUGCUUACAAAGCUUUUUCGUUGGCUGGAAGCUACAUGCUAGUCGUGAUACUUCUCACCAGUCACCCGAUGGUUCUCGCCUUUCCGGUCAAUAUGUAUUAAGUGACUGAAAAUAAAUAAUAAAGUGCACUUUUGAUGAAAUCUAGGGGAAAAAAUUAUUAAAUCUAUUUAAAAAUUUCGAAUGUUAAGUUUUGCAUAUGCAAAAUUGACAGUAGACCAUUUGUGCUUGUCCUUCCCUUCCAAACUUUGCAGGCAUCAAAGUGGAGCUUUGGUGAUGGUGCUUGGAUACAAAUAAUUAUAGGGGCUGCAAAUUGUUACUGUAGUCAGUGACUGCCAACCAAUCUGUCCUUCACAAGCCUGCUGUCUAAAGUGGGAAUCAGAAUUUGGGUGAACAGAUAUUAUGGAUAUAUCUGUUUGAUUCAGACCUUUUAUAAUUCGUGAACAAUUUUAAAGUGUGUUAAAGCCAAAAUGCAUUACGUUGGUAGCCCAAGUGUCAUUGCAUAUUUUCUCCAUAAUGAUGAAUAUUUUUUUUUAUUUAAUAGGGCAUCAAAGACAGAUUAUUCAGUUGCCUCUGCUUCUAUGCUUCCCCAGCAGUAUUGGCUUGCCUGACCCUGAACCAGGUUGUUGCAUAUAAGAGUUCUGUGGGUUACAAGCAUAGGAGGUCUGUCUUUGUGAUCCAUCGACUAAAAGCAAAAGAGUAGAAUAAGUCGCAUAUGGGCCGCCACCUGCUUUUCAGCAAUGCAGGGAGUUUCACAACCUAUUGGUGUAGCGAGACAAGACUUGUAUUUAUUUUGUAAGAAAAAAGCUUGAUAUAAUGAACAUUACUGAAAAACAUCUUUACAUGUUGCUGAAAAGUACUUUGGAGAUUUCUGUAAAAAGUUUAACACAUUUGGGGAUUUGCUGAUUCCUGCUACUUUUUGUUUUAACAUAAUCAGAAAAAAGUUUGCAUCAGUCCCUUCUGCUGCUUUACAGUUACUGUGAUUUCAGUGAUUUUUUUCAUUAAAUAUAUAGCCAUUGAUUGUGCAGUAUGAAGACAUGAACGUUUAGGUAGGAGACCAUCUGCAGUGAUUAUUGGGACUGCAGUGAAACCCUCCCAUAGAACUGAAGAAACUGUACAACAAGAGGAUAGCAGUUGCGACCUUGAUCAGGGGCCUGCUCAUGUAUUCAUGCCUUUCUAUGAAAAGUUUUGAUGCCUUUGUACCUGCAAUUUGCACCCCCCGCAAUCAAUUCCUUAACAUGUUCGAAUGCCAGAUGUUUUGCACAUUGUAUAUAUGUAAUGCAUACUGUAUUUUUAUAUGUGUAGCACAUUUAUCAUUGGAUAUUUUGUACAUAGUGGCAGUGUUGUAGCUACUGAUAAAUUGUUGAAUAGGAGCAUCAUGUUUCUGCAUUUUUGUGUUCAAGAGUAAAAAUAAAUAUACCUUUCUUUUGAAA